GAACAGGAGGACGAGGUGGAGGAAGAGUAGGAAAAAGAGGUAGAGUAGGAGUAGAAGGAGGAUGUAGCGAGAGGACAGAAGCGACGGGCUAGGCCAACCGUCUACACUGUGAACUGCCCGAUCGGGAAUGAAUAAUCUCGCGCAUAGGUGGUGCCCGAUGUGAAGGAUUUGGACAUGUGACCAAGGGUGAGUGCAUCAUCGAGGUGCAUCUUCGUGGUGCACUACUACUUGUAUUUCGCGGUUAAACACGUGGUCCGGGUUCUUCAAUGCGUAUUUCGAAUGGGUAAACUGGGAAUAGAUUCUGGUUUCUAGAACGUCAAUUGUAUACUAGAAAUAAGCCGCUGCACUUAAAAUACUCGUGUUUGGGUGAAAAUUAUACAGGAUGUAUCAAUGGUCUCGUAAAUUAGCUGAAUGGACACGGUGGCUCGGGCAAGGUACGACGCAUGGAUAGAUAAAAAUUUCUGACAACCAGGAAACGUGCGGCAUGGGUCUGCCGCGUCUCUCCCUAAAGGGAUAUUUUUUCUACGUGCUAUGCUCGUCUGGUCUGUUGUUGGUUAUAUUGAAUCUAGUGCAGGACGAGAUAUGGCACCGUAUGCGACCCCAUCCUGGACGAACGCCACCCGUUCGCGUUUCCGACAACACAAAGAUCAAAGAAAAUUGGCCUGCAAAAUUGAAGAAACCGACAAUGCAGAUUCGGGAAAAAGUGAAGGAAAAGCUUCCAUCCGAGGUAUUCAAUUUAACUGGCACCACGACCUUAUCACGAAACAGUUUAGAAUCUUUGGAUCCAUCAAAGAGACCUUGGUACAUGAAAGGAGGGAGCAGAAGGCCUUAUCCUGCCAUAAAAUCUCAUCGUACUGGUCGAAGAUUGGCGCGUUUGUGGCCCGACGAAGACGCUUAUGACGAUCGUGUUACUAAUCAAUUAAUGUACGUGCCCACUGAUUAUAACAAAACCAGUGGCGAUCGUCCAUUAAAGAAAAUAAUGGUUCCACAUGGUAUGCCCGAGGCAAAAGUUGGCCCCGAUAUAUUUCUUCAGCAUCGAUGUCCAGUCAAUACGUGUACAAUCAUCAGGGAUAACGCCGAAGAGGCCGAUUUAAUUUUAUUUCAAGACUAUAUAACGCAUGUGGGAAGAAGAUCUUCGAAUCAACAGGUGUGGAUGCUGUAUUUUUUAGAGUGCCCUUAUCACACGCAGAGCGUGAAGAACGCUAUCAUCAAUUGGACGGCAACUUAUCGUCGUGACAGCGACAUAGUCGCACCCUAUGAAAGGUGGCAAUAUUACGACCCUAGUAUUACACAAAUACCGCAGACUUUUAAUUAUGCAGCCAACAAAACUAAAAAGGUAGCCUGGUUCGUUUCCAAUUGCCAUCCUCGGAAUCAACGUAUGCAUUACGCUAGAGAAUUAUCGAAAUACAUCCAAGUUGACAUUUAUGGGACCUGCGGUACUUUAAGAUGUCCACGUUCGCAGUCUCAAGCGUGUUUCGAUAUGCUCGAUGAGGAUUACAAGUUUUAUCUCGCGUUCGAGAAUUCGAAUUGCAAAGACUACAUCACGGAAAAGUUCUUCGUCAAUGGUCUUGGACACAACGUUCUGCCAAUUGUAAUGGGUGCGCAUCCAACGGACUAUGCUCGAAGCGCGCCAUACCGCUCUUACAUCCAUGUGGACGAGUUCGAAUCACCGAAAGAGCUCGCCGAGUAUCUUCAUCGUUUGGAUCGAGACGACGAACUGUAUAAUUCGUACUUUCGCUGGAAAGGUACCGGCGAGUUUAUCAACACGUACUUUUGGUGUCGCGUGUGCGCCAUGUUGCACGACGAUCGGCCGCCAAAAUUUUACAAGGACGUGAACGAUUGGUGGAGAGGCGAUGGGAUAUGCACGACUACUUCCUGGCGCGAACACGAUUCGGUUCGCGCGGGAAAUUUAAAAAAUACUUGAAAACUUUUCUGCCUAGGUUUUUAUCAAUUUUCGCGAUCAAAACGACGAGAGACGAGAGCGGAGAGGUAAUGGGAUAUACGCGACUCGGUUUGCGCGGGAAAUUUGAAAAAUAUUUUCAAAAUUUCCCGCAUAACUUAAUAUGUAAUUGAAGGGACGCAGUGCGUCUGAAUUUAUAUUUACACUUUAGGAUAGAAUCAUUUGAACUUCCAAGAGAAAGUUUUUAUCGAUACGGAAUAGAACAAUUUGUUCUGUCGUCUUUUUUUCUCUCUCGUUUACCUUGCAAUUCGAUUUGUCGCAUGGAAGAAAAAAAUUAAUCCACGGAUUCUUUUGGAAUCCAGAAACAAUACCGAGACGUUCGAAUCGACGAAUGUCUGGAUAGUCUAAUAAAAUUGAUGAAAAGACUGCCUAUUACGAAUUUGACGAAACUGAGAGCUAGGUGUAUUCGAAUUUGUAUUUUUCGAUGAACAGCACACAGACUUUUACACUCAUCAAUCCGAUUUUUACGACGAUUAAAUUAAAUAUUGAUCUUCUUUCUUCGAACGCGGCAGAUUGUUGUCUUGACACUGGUCAAUUACUCGAGAUUAAUUCUUCGCUUUGCGAAACGAAGAUGAAAAUCUUUUUCCUUUCGAACAUUUUUCAUAAUUCACACAUUGUUACAUCGAUAUCUAAAAUUUAGAUGCAUAAUUUACGUUGAUUUUGAAAGUUGUUCUUCAAUUGUAUCGAUUAUCGAAAAAUUAGUUACGCACAGAUUGCUUAUAGCAAAUUUUUAUGACGUUCCUUCAUCAAAUACACGUAAGAUUUUUAUGUGUUUUCAAAAAUUUGUCAUUCGAAUUAGACGUUUGUGAAACGUUAUUUUCGUAUAAAUUAUAUUAUAACGUGAUAAUUUAAUGAGACAGUAUUUUAUACGAUCAAUGAUAAAUUAUAAAAAUUGACGUAGUUAGCGUGGAAUUUAAAAAUGCAUUUAAAAAUGUUGACACAAUGGGGUAUAUAUGAAAAAAUUGAUGAAAAGAUCGUAGUAUUUUAAAAUUAAUUUAAUUUUUGUAGGAAAACAAUUAUGGGAAUUGCACAAAAUUUAUAUUUUUAUUUUUUUAUAUUUCUUUUUAAAUUAAUUAAUAAUAAAAUUAUUAUUAGGGAUGAUUUCAAAAUCAAAAAUGAUUCUAUUUUUUAAUAAUUCAUGUUUUAGAAGCACAUUAGAUUACUGUUACGCUUGUCAUAUUAAAAAAAAAAGUGCUUUUAUUCUGUACAAUGAUAUAAAAAUUAAAUAAAAUGCAUAUUGAUAUCAUUUUUAAUGUUCCUGAUAACAAUAUAAACUUUAUAUUUGUUCAAUAUUCAAAUAGAAAUCCAUAUGGAUAUCUGUUCACGUUUAUUGAAUAUUUAUCAGUAUUCAGAUAACAUACUUCUGUAUUCGAAUUCGAGUUAUUUAUAAUAUAAAGCUUGAAUUGAAAUGUUUAUCAAAAGUUUAGUUUUUCUUUAUCUUUAAAAUAUUACGUGUAUUUUAUGAGUAAUAGAUAUAACAAUUUCUUCUUGUUUUUAUGCAAAGAAAUUUAUUUCAAAAUUGUACUAUUUCAAUUAAAUUCGAAGAUUUGCAAUUGCACGACACAGAAUAAAAGUAAAUUAUUGAACAUUUUUUGCUUAAAAUCGUUAAUUAAAUCAUUUUUUUAUAAUAUCAAAAUUCUAAAAACAAUUUUUAUCAUCAUAACACAAUUUUUCUAAAUCGAAAUAAAGAAAUCGAAAUUCGAAACUUUUAUUUCCGUACUCUGUAUAUUAAAUUAUAUACAUUUCUAUGAGCUAGACGAUGUGACCGAAAAUAAAUAUCGAACGAAUUAUCUGUAAAUUAUCUUUAGAUUAAGUAUUUAAAGGUGUGAUGUUUUAAUUGUUGAUAGAUACCAAUAGAACGUAUGGAUACUAAAAUUAACAUAUUACGACUAGAAUAAUAAAUUUAUCGGGAUUUUCUCAAACUUUAAAGCGUAACAGCAAUCAUACGAAGAAAUAGCUUUCAAAGUUUUGGGACUAUUCGUUAAGAGUGGAAUUGACAAAUGUAGAAAUGUGUAAGGAAACAUUUGCUGGACUCUUUAUAUAACUAUUUACAUUAUGGAAUUUACUAGAUUCGAACUUACACGGGCAAAUAUAGAAUCAUAUAAGUCGAUGUUCGAUCUAAUCGAUCAUUUAACGGUAGGAUCUUAGCUAUACAAGGCGAAAAUUUUUUUUUUAUCCUUUUCUUUCCUUUUUUUUUCGGAAAACAUUUUCUAGAAUCACGCCACUGGACGAUGAAUGGUCACACUUAGUAGAAAGUGAAAAGUAAGUCAAGAAUUUAUACUUCUUAAUUUAUUAAAUUAUUGCAGAAAAAGAAGUAUUGUUACCUUUUAUUAGUUAAAUUCUAGUUUCUCAUAAAUGUGAACACGUGUGCAAAAUUUAAACAGAAAUAUUUGAAUAAUAGAUUUUAAAUUUCCCAUGCAUCAUCCUCUUUUGUCCAAUGGCUGAUUUCUAAGGGGUGUUUAAAAAGAAUGAUCCACCCUACUCAGCAAUCUAUAAUUACGUCACGUUUUGUAAAGAUUCUCUUGUUCAUAUCGAUCCAUCGUUCGAAUCACGCGAGAAAAAGAAAUAAGUGUUGAAAUCCUUUUUUUGUUAACAUUCAUAUAUUGUAAUAUACGCUGUUACUCAUGUUCGAGAUCGCAAAUCCUAUUAGAUAUUAAUAAUAACAGGUGACACUUAAUAGUAACAGGUGAUUAUUGUUCAACAUUGCCAAUCACUAUCGUAGGUGAUGAUCAUUUUUAGGCAAAUGAUCUUUUUCACGAAGAUCUUUCACGUUACGUCGAUGUAUAUUCAAUACAUGCAUUGUAAAUGUACAGUCGUUAUUUGUAAAAUAUUCCAUCGAGAGAUGCAAGAUUUUUUCAAGAUCUAGUCAAGCGUGACCUUACUUAAGAAAGAAAAAAAAAAAGAAGAAGAAGAAAAAAGAGGAAAAAGAAGAACGUUUUCGAAUCAUUCUCAUUACUACGUACGCAACAUGUACCUGUUCAAAUGGAUUCCUAGUAUAAGUUAAUUUCAAUUUAAUUAAUAUAAUUAAUUUACGUAGGUAUUUUAAUAAUUAUUUAUCGAGCGGAUCGUUGCGUCUAUUGUUCGUUAAUUAUUUGUAAUAUUUUUUUGGAGCAGUUACGAUGUUCUUUAUACGAGCAAAUUUUAUUCACGAUAACGAUGAAAGAUACGAUUAUUUUUUUUCAAAAUUGUUAAAUUUCUAUAGUUUCCUGAAAUAUUAUUCUAAAUUUUCUUACAAAUAUUUCGUAUAUCGUUAAAUUUUUCUAAAAUGUACAUUUUAUCAUUGUAUAAUUUCCGAAUCAUUAUAUAUAUUUAUUGAUAUAUUUAAUAACUUUCUUCCAAUUAUAGUUCUCGAAUACUUUGUUCAAAUUGUAACAUUCGAAUAUUUUCAAGAUUCGCAACUUUGAUAAAUUAUUGCAUUGCUCUAUUUACAAAAAGAAUGAAAAAUAUAUUAUAAAAAUAUAUUCUUAUUGAUUUUUAAAAAAAAAAUAUUUUUUAUAACACGUAAAUUAUUUGAAGAUAAAAUAUCAUUCAAUUAAGCUUUACCAAACAAAGUAAAAAAUGAAUUUGAAAAUUAAAUUGGACUUAUAUGCGAAUAACUUUAUGAUACUAGAUUUUACAAAAACAAUCUUCUUUAUUAUAAGUCAAUUUUUCCAUCAAUAUAAUCACGAAGUUACUUUUUAUUUAAUCUUCUAUCGAAGACAUAUCAAUUGAUCAAUUAGUAACGAUUAUUAUUUUAAUAUCAAUAUAUAAUAUCAAUAUUAUGGUGAAUAAUAUGGUUACUACCAAUAAAAAAUUAACACUCGUCAUUGUACAAUUACGAAGAGGUACAUAUUGUGCUAGGAAAUUAUAUUUUUCUUCCAUUCCUAUAAUAAGUAUUAAUUACAAAAAAUAUAUCAGAUAAAGAUUUCAAUUUUAUAUUAAUACAUCUAUCAUUAUUUGUAUUAUAACUUUCUUUAUCUAUAAUGUAAUUUUUAAAUUUAAAUAUUUCUCAAUCUUGUUUGGUAAAAUUGGAAAUUAUAUCAAUAUCAGUAUAAUGAUGAAAAAAAAAAUCACGAUAAAAUAUUGUUGAAAAGUAUUCGUAUACAUCGAACAUAUAAUUGUGAAAAAAGUUGCAAUUAAAAAAUACGUACAAUGAAAAAAAUGAUAGGAAAUUAGAAAAAGAAAUCAUUAAAAUUUUCAUUUGCAAGAUUAUAUUUAACUCUUCUUGUUCUUUUAUCAUUCUUCAUAAAUCGAUGCUCAUUGAUACUACAUAAAUACUUGUAAACUAAGAAAUAACUAUAAGUUUUCAAAAUGGAGGAGAAUUUAGUGGAGAGAGUGAAGAAGAAAGAAACUUUAUUCGUAAAAACUAGCAUAGCUCAAAAAAUCAUGUACGUAGCUCAAAGAUAAAAGACACAUUCGGGUGUUUUUAGUUCAAAGUGUUCUCUCGUUAGCUCGAAACGAAAAAAAAAACCAAAAUACGAGAAAUAGGUUAAUAUAACAUAAUUUAUGAAAUGUUACACUUAUGAAAUGCACGCGCAUAAAACUAUUAUAAAUACAAGCGGUUUACUUUAUCGUGGAUUCGACCACAGCUUCUAAUCGGUUCCUAUGUAAUUAUCGAAUCUUUCAAAGUACGCACAAGCAAGUUAGUUAAACUUACGUACUUAAGUAAUCGAUCGACAAUUGAUUGAUAACCAGAUAGAAAAAUCGAUCGAUCCACGUUGCAAUUAUGCGAGUGAUCAUAUCAUCAAGAAUACACGCGUGUGCGCAUAUGUGUGAUCUAGAGAUAUUUUUUAUUCGAACAUUUUUUUUUUAUUUAAAAAAAAUUUAGCAAAUUCGGUUGAGAAAUGAAAUUAAGGAACGCGUUAUUCGUAAUGUUGUAAAGCAUGUUGAAAGUGGCGACGAAAGUGUGUCGUAUCAUUGUUUGACAAUGUUCGAGAGUGAAAAGCGUUUUUUUAUGAAACGCGAAGCGAAAUAUUUUCUAGGAAAUUUUAAUUCAAUUGCGAAUAAUAAAGUAUUCAUAUAUAUAUAUAUAUUCUCGCUGUACAGAUCAUUUCGCUUUGUCGUUGAUAAUGUAUUGUGUAUAUUUUAAAGGUAAAUCAUUUUUGGCGAAUAAUAAUGAUUUAAAUCAAUUUUGAUUUUGAUUAAAGUCAAGGUGAUCAAUUCAAUUAUCUAUUCUUUUAUUAAUAUUUAUUAAUAUCGGUUAUUAUCGUUUUCGAACUUAAUUAAACGCUCGAUGUUGCAAAUUUCAUGAAAUGCGAAUUUUAUAUAAUUCAUCAUCUUCAAAUUAGAAUAAUAAUUAUGAAUGCAAUAUAUGGAAUUCGACAAGAAAGAUCUUUUUUUUGAUAAAAAUUUUAACGAGUAAAAAAAUUAAUAAUAGCGCGUUAGAAAAUUAAGAAAAUUUGUGUGUUAAAUAGAGAAUUCUAAACUUUGAAAAUUGUGAUACGUAGUGUCUCUCGAUUAAUUUACUAAUUAUUGGUGCUGUACACAAAUUGGUGCUGAUGUAUACCAUACAUUAUAAGAGAUAUAACAAAGAUUGAUCACAUUUGACUCUAAUUGAAGACAAUGUCUUAAUUUCAAAUAUGUAUUUUUUCUUUAAAUUUA